AUGUCUGAAGAAGAAGAUGAAGGAUGGAUGAAAGCUUUAGAAAAAGCUCUUUGUGAGAAAGACGAGUCUCCACUUAGUGAAGAAUCGGGAAAUUUUACCGUGAUUGCCAAUGAAUGUAGGGGUCAGAUGUGGCGUCAGUUACUGACUCGUGACGAUGAUACUAUUCAAACUUUGUUAGAUGAGAGACCAAUUAUAAAGAACAUAGAGCAGUUGGAGCUUGACUGUCAAAUGUUAAUUGCUUCUUUAGAAAUUGAAGAUGAAGAUGAAAAAUUAAACUGUUUGUCAGACACUGAAGCAAUACUGGUGACAAUGUGUAAAAUAUAUAAUAUAGAUACGUAUGAUAUAAGUAAGAGAUGGUCAUCAAUAAUUCGGCCAAUUAUUUCAUUAAAACUACCCCGAAUUGAUACAUAUACUAUGUUCCGUGCGGUUGAUGAAGAGUACUUAGCUAAACAUCAAGACUGUUAUCAUUUAUUACGGAUAUUGUUAUUAUAUCAUGAUCCAGAGUUGUGUAAUUUACUAGAUUCUCUGAAAUUGGGACCAGAACUUUAUAGUGACUCAUGGAUACAAACUUUAUUUUCGGAAACAUGUUCUUUAGAAGUAAUUUUAACUAUUUGGGAUUUAUACUUAGCCAAAAAAGACAAGUUUUUUAUAUUUUUCUUAGCUUUAGUAUUCAUCAUCAAUGCAAGGGAUCAUAUAUUUUCAUUAAAACAUCAACCCAAAACACAAUUGAUUGAAAUUCUUGGGAGUUUGCCAUCACAAUUGGCCAUAGAUGAUAUAAAUGAUUUUUGGUCUUUGGCAGAAUAUUAUGAUAAACAAACACCUUCAACUUUUAUAAAAGAUGUUGCUGGAUACAUUUUUGACCCAAAGCUGCAGAAUAAAGGAAUUUCACAAAUGUUAUGCCUUCCAAUCAGUGUAACCGAAUUAGUAUCUCAUACAAAUAGAACAGUGACAAACAGCUUGAAAUUUUUUGUUAUGGAUUGCCGACCUGCAGAACAGUACAAUGCUGGACACUUGCCUAUUGCCUUUCCAUUGGACAGUACUUUACUUUUGGAAGAUCCUGUUUCUUUUUGGACUGCGGUUGAAGGGUUAUUAUCAUGUCAAAAGCAGAGCUUUGUGGAGGGCCGUUCAGGGGGAGGAGAACAUUGGUGUUUCUCAGGUUGUGGUAGUGGUUUAGAUGCUAACCAAAACACCCACAUGGUUGUUUCUGCUUUUCUACAAAAACAUUCUCUCUAUGUUUCUAUGUUAAAUGGUGGCUAUCAAGCACUCCAUGAAUAUUUUGAAAAAAACAAUAUUGAUGGCCUGAGUGAUCAUGAUCGUAAUAGAUGUUCACAGUGUCUAUGUAGCCCUCAUAAAAAUAAGGAACGAUUGACUCAAACAAAUUCAACUAAUGAAUUGUUUUCUAAGCUCGGUGUGGCGAUGAGAUCAAAAUCGUUUGAAGUCAAAGGUAAAUUAAUGGAUUUUUUAUCAAGUAAUAACAAUAGUACAAAGAAUGAAAAAACAGACGGAGGUAGCAAAAGAUACAGAAAUAUGGCACCAGUUUUUGCAAUAGAUGAAGAUGAUAAUAAUCAAGAUUCAGAAGAUGAACUAUAUGAUGCAGCUCAUAAUAAUAGUUUGUCGAUGCUGUUAAGUAAAUCCAAUGUAAUUGCAUCCUUUGAUUGUCAACAUAUCAGAAAUGAUGGAACAGUAAUUCCAGGGAAAUUGAUGUUGACAAAAAAUAACCUUAUAACAGUCAAAUUAGACUCAAAAGAUCCUAAUAAAAUCAGUUCAUUGGUAAAUCAUUCACUGGGAACAAUUUUGAAUAUAAAAUGUCGCAAGAAACGACCGGAUUUGAUUAUUUUUGAAUACUCUGGAGCAGAAAAGGAUAUAGACAGAUUCUUAAUACCACAAUCACAAAAAGCUACUGAUAUUAUAAGUAAGCAAAUUAUGGAUUUCAUUGAGCGUGAUGAAAGCUGA